UGUGCGCCUACAAAUCAAACCCUAAAGCAUUUUGUAUCCGAUUAUAUAUUGAGCCACCUACAUCAGAUGUCUCGGCGUGCCUUUGUUACAAAAAAACACACCGCUAGUGUGAGUUUUUUUGAGGCGGCCACGCAGUUUAUUUGAUGGCAAACACCCUGCAGCAGAGGCAGAGAUGGUUUGGUCUGUAGUAGGUGGGACUGCCGAGCGGUCUGCAGCAGGACGUCGUAGAUCAAUGAACCGGACCGGAGGGUUGGUCCAUCGCCUGGUGUGCAUCUGACUGUAUAGAUGUGUUAUACUUAUGCAGGACCGAAGCUAUAUUUCUGUUAACCAGCCCGUUCAGUAUGCGGAUGUUUUAAACCGACUGGCUAUAUUUUAUAGGCUCCUUUCACCGCUUGGAUUCCGUCUCUAGUGGCUCGUCAUUGCGAUAUUCUUUUGGGAAAUAAAAUAUAUCUGUAACCUCCAGGAUGAUCUUUGCAAACACAGGCAACCCGCUGAAGACAGCCAAUCGUAAGCAGUGGGUUUCCUGUGUGCAGUCCUACCCCAUGACUCCAUCCAGUCCCAGCAGCAGCAGCAACAGCAGCAGCACAGGCCUGGAGCAGCUCAGCAAAACCAAUCUGUACAUCCGCGGCCUGCCUCCUGCUACUACAGACCUGGACCUGGUCAAACUCUGUCACCAGUAUGGCAAGAUUCAGUCAGCAAAGGCAAUCCUGGACAAGACAACCAACAAAUGUAAAGGUUACGGCUUUGUGGACUUUGACAGCCCGGCGGCUGCUUUAAAGGCAGUACAUGCUCUGAAAACCAGCGGCAUACAGGCCCAGAUGGCCAAGCAACAGGAACAGGACCCCACAAACCUGUACAUUUCCAAUUUGCCUCUCUCUGUGGAUGAGAAAGAGCUGGAGAACAUGCUGCAGCCCUUCGGCCAGGUCGUCUCCACACGGAUCCUCCGAGACUACAGCGGCAACAGCCGAGGCGUGGGCUUCGCCAGGAUGGACACAACAGAGCAGUGUAAUGCCGUCAUCUCCCACUUCAAUGGGAAGUUUAUCAAGAUAGCUUCUGGAGCUCUAGCUCCCUCUCAGCCCUUGCUGUGUAAGUUUGCAGACAGUCAAAGGAAGAAACAUGCUCACAGUGGAUUUCUUCCCAAUGGACAGACAGGGGAUCUCAGACUAGGUACAAUGACUCUUACCUAUGACCCCUCCUCAGCAGCUAUACAGAAUGGGUACUAUCCUUCUCCGUAUCCAAUGACCAACAGGAUAAUGACUGUGCAGCCUACGAUGUCUCCCUACAUGUCUCCAGUAUCUGCUUACCAGGUACAGAGUCAUUCUUGGGUGGCACAUCAACCGUAUAUCAUGCAACACCCGGCUGCUGUGAUGUCUCCCUCUGUGGAUCCCUCCAUGUCACUGCACCCCUCAGCCAUGAUUACUCAGCAGAUGGGUCAGCUGUCACUGGGAAACACUGGAGCGUAUAUUUCAGCCAACCCUGGAGUCCAGGGAGCUUAUAUGCCUCAGUAUCCUCCCAUGCAGGCAGCACCUGAAAACGGCACGCCGCAGCAAGUGGAUUCUUCUAACAACUCGUCUCCUUACAGUCAACUCAGCAAGUAAUCACAGGCUAGACUACCGCUCUGUGAGCCAGAGGGCGGGUGUGAAGUUACUGAUGACAUCACAGUGAUAACAGUCACCGCCUUCUCUGAUUGGACCAGAUACAUGAACUUUUUUUGCACAGCCCCAACGUUUGUGGUAGAAAAUGAGGACAAUGUAAAUGGACUCAAGCAGUUGGCUAAUCACAGAAAAACAAAACAAGAUUUAUUUUGAUAAGAAACCACAUGCUCUUCUUGUUCUCUUUUUUCAAGGAUUCUCAAAUAAAUGCCAGAGGAACGCCCAUCCCUCCCCUCUCCAACCCCCACCCCCGCCCCUGCCACCCCCCAACCCCACCCCCGUAUGAUGUGAUAUUAAGAUGCAUGAGAUUGAGAUAUUUUCCCCCUUCAAGGUUUCUAUGAUUUCUAAGAUGAUAUGAAAAACCUUUCAAAACCUUGUUUGCACUGAAGUUUAAAGUUUCAAAAUAUCUUAAUUUUGGUUUUCAAAGUUGCCACAGAAUAGCUUACAAAAUCAAUUAAUGUUCAACUGCCCUUGACAGCUGAUACAGGUGUCCAUUUAGGAAAUUAAAAAAAAAAAUAGGAAAAGAAUUUAUUAUUGGAAAAGGUGCCUUCCUUACGUCACAUCAAACAUUCUCCAACAUGUUUUCAUUGAACUUGAUCAGGUGUCAUAUUUCUAUCUGAUUGAUCAAAUGUGUGUGUGAAAUCAUGAGAUUUCCAUUGAGUGUUUCGCUAUCUAGUCUUCUGGUAGCAAUAAAGACAAUGCGAGUCCCACGGCAAUACUGAGAGUAAAGAACGGUGACAAACUCAGAGCAGGGUAAUAAUUCCAUAUUUUCCCUUCUUUCUUUCUUUUUGACAAGACGUGACAUGAAAAAAGAGCUGUACUUUUAUGAAAUUACAAGUUUUACACCCAAUGUACAUCUUUUACGAGGUUUUUUUUUUUCUCUUGUGGUCAGUUUGACCAGUGAUCUACCUCAUGGUUCUGCUGGAGUCUGCUGGUGUUGUGGGGUUUGCAGGUAAAGCCCCCUUUUUCAGUGGAUGAAGCAGAACAAAAGCCACGCUCAGGAGCUGGCUAAAUAGGACUUCUGCCGUUUGUCUCCCACAUGCAGCGUUUCUCUUCCUGAUCUGCAAAGAAACAUUGUGCUUUGCUUCAUCUCUAUUUGUCAUUACUUCUGUUCUGGUGUUCCUUUUUCUCGACAUGAUUAGUGUUGUUCAGUUGUGAGGCUCCAUUUUAGAGAUUCAAAGUAAGACAACUACUAGGUUCUCCUAAAAAAUAGUUGUGCUUGAAACAAAUUAAUGCAGGCUGUAUGCAUUUAUUUGGUGCAGUCUUCUGCCUUUGCCAUUGUAGACAGAUCUUAAAUUAAUCACCACUUCCCUUACCUUUCUCUUUUUCCUUUAAAAAAAGACUAAAAGUCACUAUCUUGAGUUACACUGCUACUGUAAAGCUCUCCAAAAAUAACACUAGGAUUUAGCCAGAUUUUGGUCAUUUGGUUAUACAGCAGUGUGAUAGUGUACAUGCCAAACAAUUGGGAUGAGUGGAAAAGUAAGUUUCAAAUCUUGCCUCAUGCAAAAUAAAUGCAACAAUCAUGUAUGAAGUACUUUUAAAAACAGCAGUAUUUCAUAAGAGUUGGAUGAAAGUUGAAAUCAUAUGACUGACAGCAUGUGUUUCAAAGGCUGGCUUGUUCAGAAUAAGACUUGUAAAUUAUAUACAUUCAGGGCCAAAAGUGAGUUUUAUUGUUUGCUUUGAUUUUUUUCUUUAAACUAAUGAUUUCUGAAAUAAGAACUCUACACUACUAUGAGACAAGAAAAAUGGUUAAAGCUAUAUGGUCGCGGUGCUUUUCCCCGAUCAAUAGCACUGCAGCAGUAAAUGCUCACCAUCGGAAAAUACAAGUAGUAACCAGCUUUUACUGAGUGUACUCUCCCAUUCUGAACAUUUGUUGCUGGAAAAAAAUGUAAAAAUGAAAAAAAAAAAUCUUGUACAUGUUAUCCUCAUUGCUUCCCCUGUCACCGUCAACUGAUUCUCAAACAAUCUUCUCCUUGCUCUGUCCUUUGAAAGCAUUGGAUAACAAGAGUGCUGAAUAAAAGGCUCUUCUCUUUCUCA